GCGAUAAGGAGAAGCUCCAAACUGAGCUUUUCUGUCUGCAAGCAGGCAGCCAAAAUGUUGACGACACUGUUUGUGCUGUUUUUGUUCUUUUGUAACCCAGUCUGCUGCGUUUUCCAGAAACUUUACUGCACCAUAUCGGACAGCUGCGACUGUGACUUUAAGCCGAAUAUUAGAGACCUGGAGUGGGACCUCUACAAGAAUGUCUAUGGACAGCAUCUGGCUCAGGACAUUGUGUCAGAAGAGGUGGGAAGGUUCCUUCAUAAUAAAAGCCCCAGUCAGCCACUGGUGCUGUCUUUCCACGGCUCCUCUGGGACGGGAAAGACGCUGGUCAGCUCUAUGCUGGGAAAUCAUCUGUACGGCUCAGCCAUGAGCAGCCCGUAUGUCCACCAGUUUGUCCCCACGCUGCACUUCCCCUUGGCCCACCGAGUCAAGCAGUACAGGGAGGAGCUGAAGGACUGGGUGCAGGGAAACCUGACGGAGUGCGCUCGCUCAGUUUUCAUUUUUGAUGAGAUGGAGAAGAUGCCUCCAGGCCUCAUUGAUGUCCUGGAGCCCUUUUUGGGUCCGUCUCAUGUUGUAUUUCGCACCAACUACCGCAAGGCGAUAUACCUCUUUAUCAGCACUGCAGGAGAGGAGGUGAUAAACAAAGUGGCUCUGGAGAACCGUCAGGCUGGACGAGAGAGAGAGGAGAUCAAGUUGGACAACCUGCAGGAGGCCAUCGCACAGGCAGUUUACAACAAUAACACAAGCGGCCUCUUCAAGUCCAACAUCAUUCAGCAGAAGCUCAUCACCCGCUUUGUUCCCUUCCUGCCCCUGAGCCGAUACCACGUCGAGCGCUGCGUGCACUCACAGCUCUGCCAGCGGGGCAGCUGCAGCCGCAAUGACGUGGUGGAGGCAGUAGGGGGCGACAUGAACUACACUCCAGCUAAGGGAAAGUACUUCUCCAACACUGGCUGUAAGACUGUCCCUGCCAAAAUCAACUUUUUCCUGUGAGCUGAGGGGAACUGGGUUUAACUUUUAGGACUGAAAGGGAAAAUCUGAGAAAGAUGCUCACAUGCAGGUCAGAGCACCAUCUGGAGGCUAGGAUGCCCUGGGAGCAUGAAAUCAAGGGGAGUGGAACUCCUGACUGUCCGGAUUUGCAAUCAGUGAGUGUCUCCAUGAAGGUAUAGUUGGCGUUUUCUGACUUUUUCAGGAGUCAUGCCACACUCUACCUCAAACCCAGCUCUACCUUUUAAUUUUUAUAUAUUUUUGUUGGUAUGUUGUGGUUUCAGGUUUCAAAGGCUUCAACUGGAAGUCAUUAAUUGAUGUUUUCUUGUUUUUAGGCUCAUUAUUUAUCUAGUCUUAAUUUAUUCUUUGUCAACACUGCCAUCCCUUCAUGGUCACAGUGAUGAGGAAUUGUCACAGGUGUCCAGAGCGGACUAAGCAGCUGGAGGUUCUUUGCUGAGUGAGCGAAGCGUUUGUUUUGUCUUCAUUUCAUUUUUCUAAUAUUUUUCCCAAAAGGGAUCACACAAGAUUGUUUUUAUUUUGGGUAACAUUUGUUAGCAAUGGGAGUUUUGCUAAGUGUUGACUUUCGACGAUCGUUAUCCAAGUUUUUCACCUGGAUGAAGCGACAUAUUUGGCUUGUGGCAAAGAGAGAUUGACAUGAAAGUACACGUCAUCAGUCGGCUUAUUAGAAAGUAGAAUAUAUUUUAGGACUGAAAGAUGUCACAGGAUAAAGGAGCUCCUUUGCCAGAUCAUUUUAAAACAAAUGAAAGAAGAAGAGAUGAGUUUUACUUGGGGG